AUGAAGAAACUUCCCACCAAGAUUGCUGGAGACCUGUUACAAAACUCUGAGCUAAGAGCAUUGAUGCAUUGUUUGGUGUGGAGUAUUCACAUGAAGCCAUCUACAUUUGAGACGCGUUGGCAACUUUUGAUGGAGGAAUAUGGGUUACAAGAUCACGACUGGUUGAAUGACAUGUACUCAAUUAGAGACCAAUGGGUACCUGCCUACUUCCGUGAUAUCCCAAUGUGUUGUCUGAUGAAGACUACAUCAAGAUGUGAAAGCUCUAACUCAAGCUUCAAGGUCAACUCUUCUAGUGCUAACACACUAGUUCAGUUCAUGCUAUGUUACGAAACUAGGAUAGACAAUCAGCGUUACAGGCAACGUGUUGCAGAGUUUAAAACUUCAUCUAGUGUAUUCAUGGACAGUACUGACUUAGAUAUUGAGAAGCAUGCUUUUGAGUUGUAUACACAUGCAAUUUUCACAGAAGUAAGAAAAGAGAUAUACAAGGGGAAGCUGUUUUGUAACAUUGUAAACACGGAGGAUUGUGAUGAUGUUUGUGUUUACUAUGUGAAUCAGUUGGACAAACGUAACAAUGCAACCAACACAUUCACGGUUAAACUUGAGUUGAGAAAUCAGUCGGUCUCUUGUUCAUGCAACAACUUCAUCCGUAUUGGAUAUCUGUGUAGGCACAUUUUUGUGUUUACCGGGGACGUGCUUCCUAAAAGUUUAUUUUCUAUUGAGAGUCGAUAUGGCGUUGACACUCGUCCACAAGAGAUUCUUGAGAUCGUAACUGAAUGUGUAGAUGCAUUAAGAAGUGAUGUUGGAGGACUUUCUUCUUUCGCUGAGCAGAUAAAGGAACUGAAAUGCAAGUUACUAAAUGGAGGACCAGUUGAUGACGAAGCCAACAAUGAUAACUAUGCUGCUGUUGAAGAAUUGCUUGGUGUUUCUUUAGAUGGGGAUGUAACUCUCAACAAUCCAGACGGGAUCAGGAACAAAGGACGCGGCAAACGCCGACAAUUGUCUAGAGCAUCACAGGAAGGAACGAGCAACUCUGCUGUCAAACCUCCCAAAACACCCAGGCUUUGCCGAACCUGUAUGAAGUACGUGACUGGGCAUGAUUCAAGAAAUUGCAAGAAAAAGAAGAACACGAAUAAAUCGGGUAACGAGGAUGAGGACUCAAGCUCUGCGAGUCAGGAGUCCACUUGA